AUGUCUCCGUUCCGUCCGUCUGUCCUCCGCGGCGUCCCCAGCCAACCAGUUGGACGCGAAGUGACCGACCAAGUGCCGAUCCAGAAGACAUCGACGGACGGAAAGAUGCCGAAAGAGAAGAAGGCUUGCAAGGCCGACGGGAAGCACGACAGCAACGUGCUGUGGUGUGGGAAGGACAAGAAGGGUCUCGCCGACGGCGACGGCCAAAAUGACGUCGGCGAGAGGCCCUCCUCGCUCCAGGUCUGGAGGGGCCGCGUCACCCAGAACCCAAGCGGUUCGGGGCUUACAACACCUGAGCCCAGGGCGGAUAAAGUGGCCCACCCAGCCGAACUGAACCUGGCGGAAACUGGUAAGGCUGGAACCAAAAAGAAAACCAAGAUGACAUCCUGUGGCUGGGAUGCCCUGGGGUCGCUGGACUUCCUCGACUGCCAGGGCCGCCGCGUGCUGCAAGAACACCCCUGCCAAGUCCUUCCCUCCAAGAGCUACCGCACCCAGAUCCUGGCCGCGAUGACGGUGGCGAUCGGGAACUUGGUGGUCGGAACGUCUACGGCCUACACCUCGCCGGCUCUCGCGUCCAUGAACUCCACUGACAGCCUGAUUCAACCCACUCAGGAAGAGGCAACGUGGAUCGGUAGCUUGAUGCCUUUGUGUGCAUUGUGCGGGGCAAUUGUAGGUGGGACUCUCAUUGAGAAAUUAGGCCGCAAGCACACGCUCCUACUUUCCUCCAUUCCCUUCACGGCUUCGUGGCUCCUGAUCGCCUUCGCUCAAGACAUCAUGAUGAUCUAUGCGGGCCGCGCCUUCGCGGGGCUGUGCGUCGGGGUCAUCUCCCUCGCGAGCCCCAUCUACAUGAGCGAGAUCUCCGAGCCGGCCAUCCGGGGCACGCUCGGCGUCCUCAGCUCGACCGUCGGCAACUUCGGUAUAUUAUUCAUAUACUUAAUGGGCUAUUUCUUGGAAUGGGACCAGCUCGCUCUGGUGAGCACUGCAAUCCCCGUCAUCUUCAUCUCCUUGCUCUUUCUCAUACCGGAGACUCCAAGGUGGUACCUUUCCAAAGGCAAGAAGAAACAGGCGAAGAAAGCGCUGAUAUGGCUGCGCUCUAAGGGCCACGACGUGGACUCGGAGUUGAUCGGCAUAAAUACCCACAUCGAAGCGCAGAUGCGACAGAAGACGACGCUCAAGGACCUCGUCACCAAGCCCCUCUACGUCCGCGCCCUCUUCAUCUCCCUCGGACUCAUGUUCUUCCAGCAGUUCAGUGGGAUCAAUGCCGUCAUCUUCUACACGGUCGACAUCUUCAGGGCCGCCGGGAGCACCGUCGACGGCUACCUCUCCACCAUCAUCGUGGGGCUGGUGAACCUGGCCUCCACCAUCUUCGCCAAUGUCUUCGUGGACCGGCUGGGCCGCAAGGUGCUCAUGUACGUGUCGGGAACGGUCAUGACCGUCUCCCUCGCUGCCUUGGGGGCGUUCUUCUACCUGAAGAACACAUACGGAUCCGAGGGAGUCUCGUCGCUCGGCUGGCUUCCCCUGACCAGUCUCGUCCUGUACGUGAUCGCCUUCAGCUUCGGCGUGGGGCCCGUCCCCUGGCUCAUGAUGGGGGAGAUCUUCCCCUCCAAAAUCAAGGGGGUCGCCGGCUCUCUCACCACCUCGUUCAACUGGAUCUGCACCUUCAUCGUCACCAAGAACUUCGACGGCAUGACGGAAGGCCUCGGCACUCACGGUGCCUUCUGGCUCUUCAUGGCCAACUGCAUCGUCGCCGUGCUGUUCGUGGCCAUCUUCGUCCCCGAAACCAAGGGCCAGACACUGGAGCAGAUCCAGGAAGACCUGAACGAGACCAACGUCUUCCGCGCCCCGUCCCGCAGCCUCUCCCGCAUCGUCCGCAACCUGUCCAUGGUGAUUCGACACGACGAAGCCGGGAUCAGACCCACCCCGCACCUCGACUCAAUCAUCCCAGAGGAGGACGAGGAGAAGGGCAAGUUGAAUAACGGGGCAGGGCCGGCCUAGGAACCCCGUCUUAAGAACCUCGUAGAAUCGGAGCCGAACCACCAGACCCACGCGUUUCCGUUGUACAGUGUUGCAUGCAAGCAUAAUUUCCUAUCUCACUCUUCCCGUGGUAAAGAGAAGAUUCAGGGAAGCGUGAAAACACCUGUGAUAAAAAAACCCCCCCCCCCCCGAAAGGAUGCAGUGACAGUCUGUGGUGUGAGUCACAUUUUACCAAUAAGGGCAUAUUCUUUCUAAUCUCCCAAUCCAUUCGUGGAUAGGUGCUUUGUAUAUACGUCCCCGAUUCUCGACUAGGAGUAUUUUACUUUCCCAGGGACGCACAAUCGUAGUACUUCCUUUCUUCGUUUGAGAGCCAGAAGGGUGUAACAUCACUAUCCAAAGAAGUACUCCAAAGACAAAGCCGACGGUGUUCUCGAAAAAAAACUGCACGAAGUACAACCGCACGAGAAACCCGCCGAGGUGCCAGUGCCUGCCACAGUGCUAACUUCGACCGCUGCAACCUCUUCUGGAAAAAAACCACCUCCCAUAUUUUAUUGACUCACUUUGGGGAGAAGCCAUCACAGCGUCUUCAAGUGCAAUUUCACGGCUGGUGAUAUAAAAUCGUUAUCCAUAGUUCGCACGCCCACGACCCGUAGUGACUGCACCAGCAAAUUUUUCUCCUUCGUGUUGCAAACGUAGAGAAGACUCCGGGACAGGAUAUUCAUCCACGAUUGUGAUACGUGACCCAGAAUGUUGAAUUCACCCAUUGCCCCCCUGUCCCCCAAAUCGCGUUUCAGAGGGUCUGACUAAGGCCAGUGUGGCACGAAACGGCGCUCGGACACGAGGGAGACGGGCUCCUGGGACUGUUUUAGCUUAACGGAACCCAGAUGAACGAUGCUUCAGUCCAGUCUGUUGUCCCCAAUAAAGUCAAACACUUUAUGUUUUCGA